AAUACAUAUGAAUACUGAUAGCCACAUAUAGUACAUAUAUGUAUACUACGUGAUAUCAUGAAAUAGUAUUAAUUAGCUGUUAAAGUUUCGUAGUGCUUUAUUAUAAUUUUCGCUAUGUCUACGUUCAUAGAAAAUGUGCAUAUAAAAGAUGGAGAAUACACCAAGAUAAUAUAUGUAAUGAUAAGAGAACAACGAUAUACUGAAUGUAUUAAAGUCUUGUUAAAUCUUUUAGAUUCUUAUCCUAAUUCUAGACCUUGUUUAUCUCUUCUGGGCCAUUGUUACUUUUAUACACAAGAUUUUAUGGCCGCAGCUCAAUGUUAUGAGAAAUUGAUUCAAUUGUGCCCACAGGAGAAUUUGUAUAAGCUUUAUUAUGCCCAGUCUUUGCAUCAAGCUUGCAUGUAUCCAGAAGCAUGGACGAUUUGUUCGAGUAUUAUCAAUCAAAGUAACUUGGAAUUCAAGGUAAAGAAGCUGCAGGCAGCUAUAAAGUAUGGGCAGGAAGACAUGGUAGCUGCAAAAAAUCUCGUGGAUCAAUGUCCUGCUGAUGAUGUUGAUACUGAAAUCAAUUUGGGAUGUCUCUUGUACAAGGAGGAAAAGUACGAACAGGCCCUCAAAAAAUUUUCGAAUGCAUUACAAAUUGCAGGAUUCAAACCUCACUUAUCAUAUAACGUUGCUCUUUGCUAUUUCAAAUUGAAAGAGUACGCAGCAUCCCUGAAACAUAUUGCUACUAUUAUCGAGCACGGUAUAAGGGAGCAUCCAGAAUUGAGCGUAGGGAUGGCUACCGAGGGUAUUGAAGUUCGAAGUGUCGGGAAUACGUUGACGCUGCACGAGACAGCUCUGACGGAAGCGUUCAAUCUGAAAGCUGCCAUCGAAUACCAAUUGCAAAAUUAUGAUGCGGCGAAGGAGGCGUUAACGGACAUGCCACCGCGUUCCGAAGAAGAGCUCGACGCUGUUACUUUACACAAUCAGGCGUUAAUAAAUAUGGAUACAAAACCGAGUGAAGGAUUCGAAAAACUGCAGUUUCUGUUGCAACAAAACCCGUUCCCACCCGAGACUUUCGCCAACUUAUUACUCCUGUACUGUAAAUAUCAGUAUUAUGAUCUCGCCGCCGAUAUCUUGGCUGAAAAUGUACAUUUGACUUAUAAGUAUCUGACGCCAUAUUUAUACGACUUUUUGGAUGCACUAAUAACGCAACAAACUUCGCCGGAGGAGGCAUAUCGCAAAUUCGAUGAUCUCGCUAACAAGCAUACGGAAGCGCUUCGCAAAGCGACCAAGCAGGUCCAGGAGGCGAGACUGAAUCAUGAUGAUAAUGCCGUGAAAAAAGCUGUGAACGAUUAUGAGGAGGCUCUCGACAGAUACGUUCCCGUAUUAAUGGCACAGGCGAAGAUCUACUGGGACCUGGAGAAUUACACCCAGGUGGAAAAGAUCUUCAAGAAGAGUGUCGAGUUCUGCAACGAUAACGACGUGUGGAAGCUGAAUGUAGCGCAUACGCUCUUCAUGCAGGAGAAUAAAUUUAAGGACUCGACACGCUUCUAUGAACCGAUCGUCAAGAAAAAAUAUGACAGUAUCCUAGACGUGAGCGCUAUAGUCCUUGCAAACCUCUGCGUCAGCUAUAUCAUGACCUCGCAAAACGCAGAGGCUGAAGAACUGAUGAAGAAGAUUGAGAAAGAAGAAGAAGCGGUAUCAUUUGAAGAUCAGGACAAGAAACUUUUUCAUUUGUGCAUUGUGAAUCUAGUAAUCGGGACACUAUACUGUUCCAAGGGUAAUUUCGAAUUCGGCAUAUCGCGAGUAAUGAAGAGUCUGGAGCCCUACAAUAAGAAACUCGGCACUGACACCUGGUUCUAUGCGAAAAGAUGCUUUUUAUCGCUCUUGGAGCAAUUGGCAAAACAGUUAGUGGUCCUGAAAGAUUCCACAUUGCAGGAAUGUAUUCAAUUUUUAGAGCAUUGCGAAGUUUAUGGUAAGGACAUAAUGACGGUGAUCGACCAGCCGUUCGACGUACAGGACAUGCUAAACAUUUCACCUCAGGGCAAACGGACAGUCGUUUACGAGGCGCGAUAUCUCAAGGCAUUAUUUUUAAAGUUGCAAAUGUCUUAA